AUGACGCCUUUAGCAGCAGCAGGAGCAGCAAGUGCAGCAGCAGCAGCAGCGGCAGCAGCAGCAAGCCUGUCUUAUAGGAGUUCCACGGAGCGCCGUAGGUCGCAGCAGGAGGAGCAGCAGCAGCUGCUGCUGCAGCAUGAGCAGCAACAGCAACAGCAUAUAGAGGAGCGACAAGCGCAAGAAAAGCAGCAAGAGCAGCAAGUGGAGCAGCAGCAGCAGCAGCAGCAGCAGCAGGCAUCGUCUGUGUCUCUUCGUGCAGGACGAAGUCUGUUGCGCCCUCCUACGAAUAUAUCUACUGCAACUGUAGCAGCAGCAGCUGCUGCUGCAGCAGCAAGAGCAGCAAGAGCAGCAGCAGCAGCUCAGCACCGCAGGUCUGUGUCUACACCAAACCUGCCUGCUGCAGCAGCACCGCAGCAGCACGCAGCAGCAGCUGCUGCUGCAGCAAGAGCAGCAAGAGCAGCAGCAGCAGCUCGGUACCGCAGAUCUGUGUCUACACCAAACCUGCCUGCUGCAGCAGCAGCACCGCAGCAGCAAGCAGCAGCAACAGCAGCAGCAGGACGGAGGUUCGCCCCUAGAGGCCACGGGAGGCCCAUAGGGAGGGUUAUUCGAUCUGCUUCUGACCUUCCGCUGCAGCAGCAGCAGCAACAGCAGCAGCAGCAGCAGCAAGGAAGACCCCAACCGGCUGUAGCAGCAGCAGCAGCAGCCACUGGCGCCUCAAGAGGUGGCUCUGCAACUCCCCGCAGUCGGCCUCCUGCUGCUGCUGCACCGGGUGCUGCUGCUGCAGCAAGAGUUGCUGCUGCUGCAGCAACAACUACGAACACCAACACAUCAGCAGCAACAGCAGCAGGAGCAACACCACGAAAAGCAGCUACAGCUACACCAGCACCAGCACCAGCAGCAGCUCCUGCAGCAACACCUGCAGCAACAGGAGCUCCAGCUGCAGCGCCAGCUGCAGCAGCAGUCCCAGUAGCAGCUCCAGAAGCAGCAGCACCUCCAGCAGCUGCAGCUCCAGCAGCAGCAGCUCCAGCUCCAGCAGCAGCAGCAGCUCCAGCAGCAGCUGCUGCAGCUCCAGCAGCAGCAGCUGCAGUCCCAGCAGCUGCAGCUCCAGCAGCAGCAGCAGCAGCUCCAGCAGCAGAAGCUCCAGCAGCAGCAGCUGCAGCUCCAGCAGCAGCAGCUGCAGCUCCAGCAGCAGCAGCUCCAACAGCAGCAGCUGCAGCAGCAGCUGCUGCAGCAGCAGCAGCAACAGCAAAGCGAAAAGAGUUGAAGCGCGACCUUUCUCCUGGAGGCCUUCCCGCAUGCAGACGCCGGCGAGUUGCUGCUGCUGCUGCUGCUACGAAGGGUUUCUAUCCAUCGCUCGCUGCAGAAGCUGCAGCAGCAGGUGCUGCUGCUGCAGCAAGAAGGAGAGCAGCAGCAGCAGCAGCAGCAGGCAGAACUCCCCACACAGGCCACGAGAAGUCGGCAGCAACUGCAGCCAAGGCGGGCACUGCAGCAGCAGCACCUGCUGCUGCUGAUGCUGCUGAACCCUCAACAGCAGCUGCCCAUGAAAGGACUGCAGCAGCAACAGCAGUGGGUGCUGCUGCUGCUGUUGCGGAGACAGACAGCAGAAGCAACAGCAGCAGACUCACUCCUGGGGAGUUACACGGGCAGCAAGAGCAGAAGGACCAGCAGCAGCAGCAGCAGCAGCAGCAGGAGAACUGGCUGGAUCCGCAGCAGCCCCUGAGGCACAUGUCAAUAGAUGGAGAAGAGUCUGCUGCUGCUGUUGCUGCAGCAGAUUCAGUAGGCCGCGACAAAUCUGCUGCUGCUGGUGCUGCUGCUGCAGAGGAAGCCGCGGUGUCAGCGGCCGUUCCACCAGUUGCUGCUGCUUCUCCGACUGUAGCAGCAGCUGCAGCAGCAGCAGCAGCAGCAGCUUCGUUUGCUGUUGCUGCAGCAGCAUCCCCAGACGGAGGGGACACGAGGCCCCAGAGCCCCCACGGUCGCUUCUCUCCUGCUGCUGGAGUUUCUGCUGCUGCUGCUGCUGCUGCAUUGCUGCCGGGUGUAUGUACACCAGAGGAUAUUUCUGCUCCUGCUGCAGCAGCCACAGCAACAACAGCAGCAACAGCAGCAACAGCAGCAGAGCUCAGUGGGCCCCCUGGCACGGAGUUGAGGGGCCCCCGGUGUGAAGCCCCCUGCAGCAGCAGCCCUUGGGCUUCAGAGGCUCAGCGCAGCGCUUUGUCUUCAAGAGAACAAGCAGCAGCAGCAACAGCAGCAGCAGCAACAGCAGCAGCAGCAACAGCAGCAGCUACAGUAAACAGGUCUCCCCUUCGCCUGUCCCCUGGGCGCAAGGAGGCAUCUGUCUCCUCCUCUAACUAUUUUCAGGAUGCAGCAGCAGCAGGAAAUGCUGCAGCAGCAGCGCACAGCCUUGGCCUGGAGCACGCUUCGCCUUCAGAGGCACCAGGGCAGCAGAUUCCUUCUGCAGCAGCAGCAACAGCAGGAGCCGCAAUAACAACAGCAGUACCUACUGCUGGUGCUGCUGAAGCGGCUGCGCCAGCUGCAGCAGCAGCAGCUGCUGCAGCAGCAGUGGCUUCAAACCCGCCGCUGCUGGCUCAGGGUGAGGGGAGUCCUAGCAGCAGCAGCAGCAGCAGCAGCAGCAACAGUAGCAGCGACAGCAGCAGCAGCAAUUUUAUGAAAGGUGAGGGUGAAACUGAGGCAGCAGCAGCAGCAGAAGAUGAUACGCUGCUGCUGAAGGGGCCCCUGGGGGCCCCCCUUGGCGACCCGAAACUACAUCGACAGUUCUGUAGCCGCGGCUGCUGCUGCUGCACCCCGCUACCUGCUGCUGCUAUUGCUGCUGCUGAAGAUGCAGCAGCAGCAGCAACAACGCGCCUGCUGCGCUACAUGCGUCCCCAGCUAGGGACAUUCCUCAGGCAGCAGCAGAAGCAGCAGCAGCAGCAGAUUGUCGCAGCAAUUCGCACGAAAGCUGGUCUCUCGCCGUCUCUGUGUUUUGCUGCUGCUGGGGUUCAGCAGGUGCAGCAGCAGCAGCAGCAGCAACAGCAGCAACAGCGGCAGCAGCAAGGAGCACAGGAGAAUCACUUUCUAGCCGCCACAGUUGCCUUGCUGCAGAUAGCUUCUCUCCCUUCUCCAACCGACCCAGCAGCAGCAGCAGCAGCAGCAGCAGCAGCAGCAGCAGAGGAAGGGACCCCAUGUGGGGCGGGAGGAGACACCGAGGCAGCGCUGCGGCUGCUUCAGAAGGCAGCAACACACCCUUAUCUGUCUCUUGCUGCAGCUUGCUGCAGCAGGGGACAGGUAAACCAAGCAAUAGAUUUAAUGAGGGGUCUUUACCUCAUGGAGGUUCAGGUGUAUAGUCAGCUGCAGCAGCAGCAGCAACAGCUGCUGCUGCAGCAACACGCGGAAGCGCCUCUAGAGCAGGCCCUCCUUGAACAGCAGCAGCUGCUGCAGCAGCAGCAAGAAGGGGACCCCCUGUCUCCUCCCUCUUUGCUGCUGCUGGCUACUUGCUCGUUACUCUGUUGCUAUCUUCUUAGCGACAGCAGCACCAGCAGCAGCAGCAGCAGCAGCAGCAAGCGCAGCGGCUGCCGCAGCCACCGAUCAGCAGCAGCAAUAGUGCUGUUUGAGGAGUUCUGUAUGCAGCCUUUGCUGCGGUUGCUGCUGCAGCAGGAAUCACUUCAGCAGCUGCAAGAGGCCUUUGCUGCAGCAGCAGAGACACAAAGCGGAGAUCUGCUGCUGCGCCUCAAGCAGGUACUCAGGGCCCCCCUACCAGCAGCAAACCCCAGCGUUUGCCCCUUUUGCUGCCCCCUAACGCAGCAGCAGCAGCAGCAGCAGCAGCAGCAGCAACAGCAGCAGCAGAAGGGCCCAGAGGCCUUGCGUCAUAUGACUCUUGCGUCUCUUUUGCUGCGAGCUGCGUCCCUCUACCUCGUAGAAAUCAUUAAGACACAGAAACAGCAGCAGCAGCAGCAGCAGCAGCAGCAGUUGCUGCUUUGCGGCCUUUGGCGGUAUACAUCAGGGGCCCCCGGGGGCCCCAUGAUUCCCCUGCAGUUACGUAGAGCAGCAGAUGCUGCAGUUGCUCUGGUGAUGGGGGCGCGCAGCAACCGCAGCAGCAGCAGCAGCAGCAAGUGCAGCAGCAGCAGCAGCAGCAGCACUUGGUGCAGCGGCACUGUCCUGCAUCUGGGAGUGUAG